AGCUGGAAGUUUCUGUUUAAAGUUACGACACAAUUCGACUCCAGUCCAAACCACGGGUUAUUUGUUUGUAAAAAGAAUAAUACAAAAGAAAAAAAAUCAAAGACGAAAAGAAGAUUUUUCUGCUGUCAAUUAAGGAGCAUUCUUUGUGAGAAGACUUUCUGCGAGUAGGUAAACAGAGAGCAGGAGGGGGGCAGAACCGAGGUCGGUCGAGAAGUGAAGUCGCCACAUCAGUUUACCGAAGAUGUUAGCCUCAAGUCUUCCGGCUAAUUAUUGUAACGAAGUCCAUCACGAUGACCCGGCACAUAAAGUGGACCAGUACUUGCAAAAGCUGAAGCUGUCAGAUGAGGCUUUGAUGGAUUUGUCGGUGAGAUUCCGUCGAGAGAUGGACAAAGGCUUAUGUAGAGACACCAACCCCACAGCUACAGUCAAGAUGCUGCCCACAUUUGUGCGCUCCACUCCUGAUGGAACUGAACAAGGGGAGUUCCUGGCGUUGGACCUCGGUGGAUCCUCCUUCAGAAUUCUCCUGGUUAAAGUUAAGGGUAACGGCGAGCAAAMAGUGGAAAUGGAAGAUCAGGUUUAUGACAUACCUGAGCUUGUGAUGAGAGGCAGUGGCACUGAGCUGUUUGACCACGUAGCUGACUGUCUGGCUAAUUUUCUGGAAAAGAUGGGUAUAAAGGAUAAAAAGCUUCCACUGGGCUUCACGUUCUCUUUUCCCUGUCAACAAACCAAAUUGGAUGAGAGUGUUCUGAUAUAUUGGACCAAAGGCUUCAGGGCAACUGGCGUCGAGGGGAAGGAAGUGGUCAGCCUUUUGAGGAAAUCCAUCAAAAAACGAGGGGACUUUGACGUUGACAUUCUGGCAGUGAUCAGUGACACAGUUGGAACCAUGAUGACCUGUGGUUAUGACGAUCAUCACUGUGAAAUUGGUCUAAUAGUUGGCACUGGGACCAAUGCCUGCUACAUGGAGCAGAUGAGGAACCUUGAGGUGAUGGAUGGCGAUGAGGGGCGGAUGUGUGUAAAUACAGAGUGGGGAGCUUUUGGAGAUGAUGGUACCCUGGAGUACCUCCGCACCGACAUUGACCGGGAAAUAGAUGCAGGGUCACUGAACCCUGGCAAGCAGCUGUUUGAGAAGAUGAUAAGUGGGAUGUACAUGGGGGAACUGGUGCGUCUCAUCCUGGUAAGGAUGGCCAGAGAUCAGCUGCUGUUUCAAGGGAAGACCACAUCAGAGCUCCUCACCUCUGGAUCCUUCAGCACCAGCUAUAUUUACACUAUUGAGACUGACAAAGAUGAAGAAGGCCAGGCAAAUGCUGAGAAGGUGCUGCAUGGUCUGGGUCUGGACCCAUCGGUGGAGGACUGCGUAGCUACCAGGAGAGUGUGUCAGAUCGUGUCUACACGGGCCGCUCAUUUGUGUGCUGCCACACUGGCUGCAGUGCUGCGGCAGAUUCGAGAUAACAAAGCGGCUGAAAAGCUGCGCACCACAAUAGGGGUAGAUGGAUCAGUUUACAAGAAUCAUCCAGAAUUUCCCAGAAGGCUGAAGAAAAUGUUGCGGCGACUUGUUCCAGAUUGUGAUGUGCGCUUCUUGCAGUCACAGUGUGGCAGCGGGAAAGGUGCAGCCAUGGUGACAGCAGUAGCCUACCGUGUCGCUGCUCAGCAAGCCGAGCGGCAGCGCAUCCUCGACGUGCUGCGUUUGAGUCGGGAACAGCUGCUUGAGGUCAAGAGGAGGAUGACGGAGGGGAUGGUUCUAGGCCUGUCCAAGCAAACCCACARUCAGACGAGCGUCAAGAUGCUCCCCACCUAUGUCAGAUCCACUCCUGAAGGAACAGAGCAAGGGGAUUUCUUGGCUUUGGACCUCGGGGGCUCCAGCUUUAGAGUUCUUCUGGUGAGACUUCGAAGUGAAAAGAGACAAAAAGUGGAUAUGCACCAGAAGAUCUACAGUAUCCCUCAGGAGACCAUGCAGGGCACAGGGGAAGAGCUGUUCGACCAUAUUGUCCACUGCAUUGCUGACUUCCUGGAAUACAUGGGCAUGAAAGGUGCAUCCUUACCUCUGGGAUUUACCUUCUCUUUCCCCUGUGAUCAGAGCAAACUGGAUGAGGGGAUCCUCCUAAAAUGGACCAAGGGUUUCAAAGCCAGCGACUGUGAAGGGAAAGAUGUUGUUAAGUUACUAAAAGAUGCUGUUCACCGCAAACAGGAAUUUGACUUGAACUUUGUGGCAGUAGUGAACGACACAGUGGGAACCAUGAUGACCUGUGGCUACGAGGACCCCAAAUGUGAGGUUGGACUUAUUGUAGGCACCGGCACCAACGCCUGCUACAUGGAGGAAAUGCACAACAUUGAAAUGGUGGAGGGAAACGAGGGUCGUAUGUGCGUCAAUGUUGAGUGGGGAGCGUUUGGUGACAGUGGUGAACUGGAUGACUUCUGCACCCAGUUUGAUCAUGCUGUUGAUGAUUGCUCAAACUUUCCUGGGAAACAGAGGUAUGAGAAAAUGAUCAGCGGGAUGUACCUUGGAGAAAUUGUGAGGAACGUGCUCCUAGAUUUCACCUCCAAGGGCCUGCUCUUCAGAGGCAAACCCUCAGAGCGGCUGAAGACUCGGGGCAUCUUCGAGACAAAGUUCCUGUCACAGAUUGAAAGUGACCGCCUGGCCAUGCGUCAGGUGCGCUCCAUCCUGCAGCACCUGGGCCUCACCGGCUCCACCUGUGAUGACAGCGUUCUGGUGAAGGAGGUGUGCAGCGUGGUCGCYCGGCGUGCAGCUCAGCUCUGUGGAGCCGGUUUAGCUGCUGUCGUCGACCGGAUACGCCAGAACCGCAACCUGAAUCAACUCUCCAUCACCGUGGGAGUGGACGGCACCCUCUAUAAAACACACCCUCAUUUCUCCAGCAUCAUGCAAGAAACCCUGCAGGAUCUGGCCCCGCAGUGUCAGGUGACCUUCCUGAAGUCGGAGGAUGGGAGCGGGAAAGGAGCAGCUCUGAUCACCGCUGUGGCCUGUAGGGUCAAGAGUGAGGGGCAGCACUGAGUCCUGCAGACAGAAACACACUUACUGUGACUUAUUGUCUUCAAAUCCAUAUGAAAUGUUACUGAAACACUGAUCUGAAUGAUUUUUAAUCUUGUAGAAAGCUUUUAUUCUUUUACAUGUAGGCGUCUGUACUGUAUCUGCUGAGUGAAUUAGGUCAGAUGAUGAGGUAAAGAGGCUGCAACUUCUGGAAGAUGUCACCRUUACCAGAUUUUUGUUUUGUUUUUGCUAACACUCCCUGAUAAUCUUUUAUUUUUAAACCCAGGCUUUAUUUUCUCCUGCCUUCGUACACUUUUUAAAUGAAGUAAACUUUAGUUUAACUCACCAAUAAAUGACAUAACCAAUAAAAUGCACCCGGCUUAUUUUACUUGGCUUGUUCUAGUUUUUAUUUGAGAAGAAAUAAUUGUUUGUUACAGAGGGUAAUCCAGUUUUUACUCUUGGUGACUUUAAACUAUUGUGACUUUGUUUUGACUUCAUGUGUGAAACUUUCCUACUGUUUUCUGUAAAAGAUUCAAAGAUGUAAUAAAACGGUUUUGUGUUCUAA